AUGAAUUAAUUAAUAGUGGAGAGAGAAAGUGAUAAUAUUAGAAAAAUGAGUCGAUUGUCUAUCUUCAAUCAAAAAAGGUUUUGGAUGUAAGAAGAAGAAAAAUAAUAAACAGAGGAAAUAUUGAUAGAAUUCAAUAAACUCAAACUUGAUGAACCUAUUUUAAAACUAGAAUAAUAAAACCUGCGAAAAUUUUGCAAGAAUUUUUAAAGUUUUGAAUAUUAUAAUGGAGAACCUAUUUGUAUAAAUGAUUACUUUAUUCGUAUCUUACCAGUUGGACAAAGAUGUAUAGUUAGUAGUUAUCAAGGAGUAACUAUUUUAUAAACUAUAAAUGGUUUAAAACAUAAAUUUUCAUCUUCACUUCCAGGAGGUAUUUAUUAAAUUUAUAAAUUUAAUAGGAAGUUAAAAGACACUUAUUGGCAGAUGUAUUUUGGAUUGUUUCUUAUGUUCAAAUACAGUUUAUAUUUAUGAUAUUAUGUAAUGGGGUAAAAUGGAUAUGAGUGAGUAAGUUGCUGAAUUAAGAUAUUUUUGGAUUAAAGGACAUAUUCUAAGUUAAUUACGUUAGGAUUAAGAAUUAGAAGAUUACAAUNUAACAACUCCUAUGUAAAAUGGAAUACCUAAAUUUUUAUGA